CUGGAUGCUGCAACGGAGGACACGGCAGAGCUCCGCGGCCGGGGCCACCCCACGCAGCAAGAAAAACAUCCCAUCACAUGCAUGCUGUGAGCUGCUUCCAGUGCCGACAGAAGCACGGCACUGAUGAUCUCGCCUUUUCAACAGGUGCAUGGGAUGAAGGGAGCCUGAGAACCCGUCUGGAGAGGAGACCCUGGUCCCUGUGGAGCUGCCCACCAUGAGCAGGGCACUGCUGACAGGCAGGAUGCAGCCAGAGAUCCGGAGUGUCUGUGUCUUCCUGCCCACCCGUGAGCAGCUCAGCCUAGCCGUGGGGGUCAAAGCCACUGGACAGGAGCUCUUUCAGCAAGUUUGUGAUGUAGUCAAGAUUAAAGAGCCUCACUUCUUUGGCCUCAGCAUUGUUAAAAAUAAUGAAUAUGUUUUUAUAGACCUGGAGCAGAAGCUUAGCAAAUACUUUUCAAAGGAGUGGAAGAAAGAGACCACCAAAGGAACAGAGAAAUUCAGCCCUCCUUUUGUUGCAUUCUUUAGAGUACAAUACUACGUAGAAAAUGGAAGAGUAAUAGGCGAUAAAGUGGCUCGGCAGCUCUACUACUGCCAUCUCAAAGAGCAAGUGCUUAUGUCUCGUUGCAAUCACAAAGAAGAAAUCUACUUCUUGCUGGCUGCCUACAGCUUACAGGCAGACUUGGGAAACUACAGAGAGAAGGUCCAUGCUGGCAAAUAUUUUGAACCUCAGGCUUAUUUCCCACAAUGGAUAAUUGCAAAGAGGGGGAGCGACUACAUCUUGAAACAUGCCCCAGAGAUGCACCGAGAACAGCAAGGGCUGAGCACUAAGGAAGCAGUUCUAAAGUUCAUUAAAGAGUCCUGCCUACUGGAAGAUGUGCCAGUCCACUUCUACAGACUGCAGAAGGAUAAGAAGGAGGAUCGACCAACAGUUAUCCUGGGCCUGACCCUGAGAGGAAUGCACAUCUAUCAGGAGGUGAAUCACGUUCGCCAGCUCCUCUAUGACUUUCCCUGGUCGCACAUUGGGAAGCUGGCCUUUCUGGGGAAAAAAUUCGAGAUCCAGCCAGAUGGCUUGCCCUCUGCAAGGAAACUGGUUUACUACACAGGCUGCCCCUUCAGGUCAAGGCAUUUGCUGCAGCUACUCAGCAACAGUCACCGGCUCUUUCUGAAUAUUCAGCCCGUGUUGAAGCAGAUCCAAAAACUGGAGGAGGCUGAAGAGAAGAAGCGCUACCGGGAGUCCUACAUCAGUGACACGCUAGACAUGGACCUGGACCCCUGCGACAAGAACUCCCGUGGCAGCGGGAGCAGUGGGGGCAGCCAGAGGGAUAACCGCCUCUCACGCCAGUCCACAGGGAGCCAUGGCAGCUCUCACACAUCGGGCAUCGAGGCUGACUCCAGGCACCGGGUGUCAGUGGAAAUGUCGGUGGAUGAGCCCUUCAGCAUCGACCGGGUGCAUAGGAAAGAGAAAUCUUGCAGCUCAACCAUCAGCUACGGUAGCUCUGGCAUUGACAGUGGCAGCAAAGGGCGGGCUGAAGACGACCCUCAGGAUGAUGAGCUUGAGCUGGCAGUAGAUGAGCCAGAGGAGAUGCCUGUAGAUGAGCCUUUAGAGGGAGACCAGUUAGAGGAGGCCACUGUGGGAGAGUCUGUUGAAUCUCUGCCUUUAGAUGCUGCUAGCUGCCAAGCUGUAAAUCACGGAUCGCUGUCUGUGGUGCAAGUCACGCUAAUCAAAAUGAGAGGCCAAAGCGUGGAAUCCCUUCACCAGGUCAGGUCGCCCAGAAGCAGGAGCUGCAUGGACCAGCACAGCCAGAGUUUGGAUGACAUCCGCCUUUACAAGCACCAGCACCCACCACUAAGUGCCACACUGUCUUCAGACACGUCCCACAGCUACACGUUUGGCUGCAGCCUGGAGGAUAAGCUGUCUAUUUAUGGCUGUGUUUAUUCCACAGCAGACUGCAAAACCAAGUCUGCCCUUUAUGGGAAGCGGUCCAUGAACUGCCUCUCCUUAGAUCUUCUGGGAGAGGACCAGCUCCCAGAGGAGUUUGUGGUGUAAUGAGAUUGGAGCUCUUCCAUACCAGGAAACAGCUCAUUAUGGAAAUAUAUACCUCAUUCACACAUGUGAUGCCACUCUGGUUCUUGCAGGAGAUUGUGAGCGGUUUUGUUAUUCAGCUCCGUAUCAGUAAGUGGCAUCACUUCUGCAGACCUGACUACAGGGCAAAUCAACGAGUGUAGCACUUAACGUUGACAUUGGAAGUGUCUGUCUGAGCAGAAAAUGGAAGCAGCCUGCACUAUUAGCAGUGACUCAACCAACAUAACCAAAAAAACAGCGGACCAAAACUGACGCUGAGCUGGUAAAGCAAACUCUGUCUAAAUGGGUUAAUCAGAAAGAAAUUUAAAGUCUAUGUCAGUUUAUCUUCCUGCCUUUGUCUUGUGGUCCAUGUCUGUUAAUGCUAGUGUACAGAUAGUUUGGUUGUCUUCAGUUUGUGCUGCUGCAACUCUGCCAACAGCUGUAAGGCCAGGAUAUACUCUGAGCACAUUUGGAGGGCUGUGUAUGGAAGUGUCUGGCCUGUUUCUAUUAUAAUGAACGCAGGUUGCCUAUUUGCUUCACUGGGAGCAAGACCUGCUCUGCCAGGAGUUUAUUCCUCUUUUUUGUUGUUGUUUUGGUUUUUUCUAAGCAUCCAGCCAAAUACAAUAUGCGGCCUUUUUUUUUUUUUCUUUUUUUUCUUUACUGCAACAAAUGGAACUAUCUCUCAGCUGUCUACUACUGCUGUGGUGCAGAUUGAUAAAUAAAUGCUUAUAUCCUUGGGGAGAUGGGGAGAGGAUAAAACAAAUGACUUGGCUGCUUCUGAGAGUACAGAAGACAAGUUAAGAGUGUUAAUUGACUGCCUUUUGAAGACAGGAGUGUGACUGGAGAAUUUGUCCAGGCAUGAUCACCCCUUACUUUGAUUCAUACUUUUAUGUUAUUUUUUUUGUUUGUUUGUUUUUAAUAAAUCUGUUCCUUAGAAAUUUUUCCUCUGCUUAGAAGGCAAGUAUGGACUGGAGAAAGUUGCCUUGUAAGGACAGACAGAGUGACAGUGUCCCACUUAGUCAUGGAUAGGUCAUGCAAAUAUGUGUGUGUGAUGCUGCAGGGCUGAUGAUGGUGGAAGUGUAGGCUGUUUGUGUGCCAGACUGAGGAUACUUGUUUGGUGUUCUUGAGAGUGGUGGAGCUGGCUGUGCUGGCUCUCACUAGGAAAAUAAUGAUAAUGAUUCAGGCAUUUGGUGUGAGAAACAUCCUGCUACCUUGUUACAUACAAAUAAACGUGUUUGAUUUCCUCCCCUAUCUUUCCCCAGUACCUCCUCUCUCAUCAGUUCUCAGCAUUUGGGAAGCUUGUACUUGAAGGUACAAGCUUGAAGGUACACAGGUGUAACCUGUGCCCAGCUUUUGACAACCUUGCAGGUGUGUUUUGGCAAAUUCUAAAAGCUAGGGGAUCCUAUUCUGCUGGUUGAGGAAGUGUGUGUUGUGCAGUGUUGAUCACUCAAAAGCUGAAGAUAGACAAACUCAGGAGGGGAAGGAAAGCCAGACCAUGAUGAGGAAGGUUUGAGCUGCUGCUUUGAUGGUGGGCUUGCAGGCUUAGUAGUUGUCUGGUAAAUUCCAUUCCCAUAAGCUGUUAAAAUAGCUAAUCCAUGGAGUCCAUCAUCUCACUAUUUCUAUGCAAGUGUGAGUGUGGUGUAGAGACAGAGCAUGCAGGUGUAUCUGCAUUUGCUGAAGUGGCAUCAGAGGCUGUACUUCGUCUGAGAUGAAUCCAGCACUAAACCCUAGCUGUGUGUUUGAGGAAUGAACGGUGGGCACAGGCUCACUGCAGCCAUGACUUAAUUGACUGUGCCCUCUUUGAUCACACUGUUCUUUCUUUUUGUAAUGAAAAUUAGGAGCUGAGUGUUCACUGUAGCCUCUUUUCCUUUGUUCCAAACAAAGCCAAAAUGCCUUUACUAAGUACUUGGGGUAUGUUUACUGCAUCCAAAAUAAACUCUCCUAAAUGGAUCUAAAUGGAUAAAGAAAAUCUGGCUGCUGUCUGCUCUUGAACAGUCCAGUCAAGCCUCCCGCUGUCUGUCGCUCUCUGUUACCUGGGUCCUGUUUGGCUGUAAGCCACGGCGGAUGGCCAGAGCCAGAGUCCAGGAGGCCAGUGGCUGCACUGCAGGGAGCAGCCCUGUAGCAGUGCAAGAGCCUGGCUUUUGCAUCCACCGCAGAGCUGGAGCAGUGGGUCUUACUGCGGCAAUGCCCAUCUGCCUGUGGAAAAGGUUGGGGGGCAAGGUUUGGAGCAACAGCCCUGCUAAACUCUCCUACCCGUGCAGACCUAUGGUUACUUGUGGUUCUGGUAGUGGUUGUUAAUAAGACAAAAAGGUCAAAAAUCAGUGUGUAGUUGUUUGGAAAACUGUCAUAAAAUGCAUGUGCACCAUGUGCACAUUUGUCUCAAAGACAAUCACGUUCACACCUGCUUAACACAGCCUAACCACAUCACUGAAGUGUUUAUUGCCACCAGGCAGCUUGGUAUUCUGAUUUUGCAGCUAACAGGCUUCCAAAGGAUUUGGCGAAGUGCUGUAAUGCUGCUGCCACUGUUACAAAAUACAGCAGUGCCUGAAAACAGUGUAAUUGACUUGCAUGAGCAUCCACUGCCUUGUAUGUACCUGUAUUCGUGGCUGGUGGGGAAGGCAAAUUCCACAGGUCUGGCCAUCUUCUUCUCUCAGUGGUGUGUGCAGACCCCUCCAGUACUAUAAGUGAUAUAUGCAUAUGAAGGGGAGACCAGACACUUUUGUGUAUAGACUGAGAAUGAAUUAAUAUCUUCCGAGCACUGUGAAUAUCUAUUAUGCAACUUUUUGUAUUCAUAUUAAAAACCCCACACACCUGUUUUUGCUAGUAGUAGGGUUUUUUUGUUUGUUUGUUUGUUUGUCUUUGGAUUUAGAAGGUCUCUUUUUAUUUUUGGGUUUGAUAGUUUGGUAGACUUUAGUGUGUAAACAUUUAUCAGUUAGAAACUAGCUGCCAAUACUUGUACAUAUUUGUAAAAUACUCGUGGUAUAAUCACUCUAUUUUAAUGGUAAAAGUUUCUCCUUUCCAUGAAAGGAAUUGCUUGUUUAAAAUAAAAAUAAUUAUAUGUACACCUGCAAUA